AUGCGUUUAGCGGUCAUUAUAUUAAUAACAUUGAUUGCUGGUACGAAUGCGAUAUCAUUUUUGACCAAUGAAUGGACAGAAAGUAUGAAACAGUUCUUUCAGCAAACGCAGCAAAAAAUUGGCGAAAAGGCUAAUGACUUUUUAGAUGAACUUGGGAAAAAGCUUGAUGAUGCACAAAACUUUGUUGAACAAUCAAAAGAUGUCUUUAGCACGGUUGGGAGAAAUUUGAAAAAUAGUGGUGAAAAAUUAAAAGUUGCAGUAAUGAAAACAGCCGAAACAACAUUACGUGGAGCUGGUGAUGAA